CUUGUUUUCAAUUGUAAAAUGAAGGCAACCAUGCUCAUGCUCACGCUGUCAGCAGCGACGCUUGCGACGGCGGGGAGAAUUCACGAAACCCGUGGCGAUGUCAAGUUCGUGGACACGCUGUCUGCAAUCCAUUCGUAUGAGAAGCAACAUCCCAACGUUGCAGCGGUGCAUGACGAAGUUCGGCGCGCGCUCAUGGAAGAGUCAUCAUCGGGACCCGUUGAGUCAGACUUCAACAAUGCACAAGAAAGGUACAUUGAGCUGAAGAAGCUUCGUGUGCAGGUCGAGAUGGCUACAUCGCACUGCCAGGACGACGAAUGCUAUGCCCUGGAACAACAACGCCUGUUCGAUUACUUGAAGAGAGCCGGCAAGUUCAAGGGAGAAUUACCCCCUAUCGGAUCAUAUUCACGCAAACGAGCAAGUUUCCCACUGCCCGAGUUUCCAUCUGCGGAAGAACCAGAGCUGGAGGCACCCGUGCAACGACCUCCGCCACGGUACACGGCGCCCCAAGAUGGCAUGACCUUCGACGACGAUGACGACGACGAUGACGGCAAUGGCCUGGGGCUUGACCUAGAGGAUGGGGACUUUGUCGAUGAAUUCGCGUACGACAAAUCCAAGCAGGGAAAAGGAGGGUACUAUCCAUCCCAAAAGGAAAUGGAGGAGCAAAUUCGUCGGCAAGUUGCUGCGCAUCUCAUGGGACACAACGUUCAAGGCAAACUCCAAGGGGGGGUCCCAGAAGGCGCGACGAGACCGCCCGUCGUGUGUCUGCCGUUCACGUCCAUCUGCGACCUCAACAUCGUCGCAGGGAUCAUCUACACGAUCCUCGUGGGGCUUGUCGUGUCCGUGCUCAGCCAAGCCAAGUCGUCUCGGGGGCCCAAAAAACCCAAAAAAAAGUGAAUUUAUAGCUAAAAACGUGAUAAAAUCGUCCUAUUUUCGCUCUUGAUCGAGCAAAUUCACACGUUUAGCUCGCCCUUGGAUGUCCAGCGAUAGCUGGUUAAACUGCCACGGCGCGUCGGCCGUUUUGGCCCGCAG